AUGUCAGAGACAAUGGACCAGGCAGCCGGGGGACCUGGAGAUCCACAGCCAGGAGACAGUGGUGAUGGUGCCGUGGAGCCAGGCACCUGCCAGGAGCUUCUGCACCGGCUUCGGGAGCUGGAGGCAGAGAACUUGGCACUUGCUCAGGCCAACGAGAACCAGCGGGAGACCUAUGAGCGCUGUUUGGAUGAGGUUGCCAACCACGUGGUGCAGGCACUACUGAACCAGAAGGACCUGCGGGAGGAGUGCAUCAAGCUGAAGAAGAGGGUGUUUGACCUGGAGCGACAGAACCAGAUGUUGAGCGCCCUGUUUCAGCAGAAGCUCCAUCUCACAGCAGGCUCCCUGCCUCAGAUUCCACUGUCCCCACUCCAGAUGCCAUCCGAGCCACCAGCCUCCCCCUCCCUGAGCUCCACUGAGGGACUGGCCACCUCCCUGCCUGUGGGACGCUGUGCUGGGCAGAGAGAGGUUUGUUGGGAACAGCAGCUACGGCCAGGAGACUCGGGACCCCCAGCCACCCCACCCCCAGCACUGGAUGCCCUUUCCCCAUUCCUUCGGAAGAAAGCCCAGAUCCUGGAGGUGCUGAGGGCCCUGGAAGAGACUGAUCCCUUGCUUCUGUGUUCACCUACACCCCACUGGCAGCCUCCAGGAGAGGGGCCUGGCACUCCAGAACCUAUCAACAGCGAGCUGUGUGGCCCAUCCCGGCCUGAACCCUCUUCCUGGGCCCCCUAUCUCUUACUGGGCCCCAAUAGCCUGGGAGGCCUGCUGCACUGGGAGCGCCUCCUCAGGGCAUCAAGAGAGGAAGAGGGUACUGGUCGGCCCUGGGGACCCAGGGGACCCACACAGGCCCAGGGCACCAGCUCUGCCCCACAUUGUGCCCCAGGCAGCAGCCCCUCCUCCUCUUCUGAUGAAGCAGGUGACCCGAAUGAGGCCCCCAGCCCCGACACCCUGCUAGGGUCUCUAGCCUGCAAACAGCUGAACCUAGGCCAGCUCCUUGAGGACACAGAGUCUUAUCUACAGGCCUUCCUGGCAGGAGCUGCAGGCCCAUUCAACGGAGACCACCCAGGUCCUGGACAGUCAUCCCCCCCAGACCAGGGGCCCUCGCAGCUGCCCAAGUCCAAGGGCCUCCCUAAACCAGCUUGGGGAGGGGGUACCCCAGAGGCCCAUAGACCAGGCUUUGGUGCUACCUCAGAGAGCCAAGGACCCCUCCCCUUCCUCAGCAUGUUCAUGGGUGCAGGGGAUGCCCCCCUGGGCUCACGGCCCAGCUACCCCAACUCCUCAUCUCAGGUGAAAAACAAGCUCCAAAUUGGGACCCCUUCUCCUGGAGAAGCCCAGGGACCCCUUCUGCCCUCUCCAGCCAGAGGUCUCAAGUUCCUAAAGUUGCCUCCAGCUUCUGAAAAGAUCCCCAGCCCAGGAGGCCCCCAGCUCAGCCCGCAGCUCCCCCGGAACUCCCGAAUCCCCUGUCGAAAUGGUGGCUCAGAUGGGAGCCCCUCCCCACUGCUGGCCCGCCGGGGACUUGGGGGAGGAGAACUGUCCCCUGAGGGGGCACAGGGCUUGCCCACCAGCCCUUCACCCUGCUCCUCAACAUCAGAGUCGGCCCAACUCAGACCCCCACAGCCAGCCUUGUCCACCACGCUAUCCCCAGGGUCAGUGGUGUCUCCCUGCUAUGAGAACAUCCUGGACCUUUCCAGGGGAUCUUUUAGGGGUCCUUCCCCAGAACCCCCUCCGUCCCCUUUGCAGGUUCCCACCUACCCACAACUGACUUUGGAAGUGCCACGAACUGCCGAGGUGCUCAGAAGCCCUGGCGUCCCCUCUAGCCCUUGCGUCCCUGAAUCCUACCCCUAUGGGAGCCCCCAGGAGAAAAGUUUCGACAAGGCAGGCUCGGAGUCCCCACAUCCUGGCCGAAAGACCCCAGGCAACUCCUCUAAGAAAUCCAGCCAGGGGGCAGGACGUCGACCUGGGGAUCCUAGCUACACACCCCUGCGCGACAGACUGGCAGCCCUGGGGAAACUGAAGACAGGCUCUGAAGGACUUCUGUGCACAGAGAAGAAUGGAGUGCCAGCCAGGCCUGGCACCGAGAAGACUCGGGGACCAGGGAGGUCUGGGGAGAGCAUUGGAGAUGUAGCUCCCAGCCCCAGGACCCCUGAGCAGCCAGAAACCAAGGGGGCACUUCGGGGGGCAGUGGCCUUAGGCACAAGUAGCCUGAAGCAGCAGGAACCUGGGUUUCUGGGGGAUCCCAGUACUAGAGUCUACUCCUCCCACUCCAUGGGGGCACGAGUAGACCUAGAGCCCAUCUCACCAAGGAGCUGCCUCACCAAAGUGGAGCUGGCCAAGAGCCGGCUGGCAGGGGCCCUGUGCCCCCAGGUGCCCCGGGUCCCUGCCAAAGUGCCAACCUCAGCACCCAGCCUGGGCAAACCCAGUAAGAGCCCACAUGGAAGCCCCACAAAGCUACCUUCCAAGUCACCCACCAAGGUGGUGCCCCGACCCGGAGCACACAAGGAGCCCCUUAAGCCUGACAAGGGGAAGGGCCUGCCUUGGGCAGACUGCGGUAGCACUGUAGCCCAACCCACACCCUCAGCAACUGGCCCCACAGAUCCAAGCCAGGUGGUCCCUGAGGGGCCGGCCCCCCACUCUGCCAUCGAGGAGAAGGUGAUGAAGGGCAUUGAGGAGAAUGUGCUUCGGCUCCAGGGCCAAGAGCGGGCCCCAGGCACUGAGGCCAAGCACCGCAACACCAGCAGCAUCGCCAGCUGGUUCGGCCUUAAGAAGAGCAAGCUUCCUGCACUGAACCACCGCACAGAGGCCACCAAGAGCAAGGAUGGGGCCAGCGGGGGCUCUCCACUCCGGAAAGAGGUCAAGAUGGAAGCCCGGAAGCUGGAGGCCGAGAGCCUCAACAUUUCCAAACUCAUGGCAAAGGCUGAAGACCUGCGCCGAGCCCUGGAGGAGGAGAAGGCCUACCUGAGCAGCAGGGCUCGGCCCCGGCCCGGAGGACCAGUCCCAGGGCCGCAGGUGCAGGGCCAGCUGGCUGGCAUGUACCAGGGCGCAGACACCUUCAUGCAGCAGCUACUCAACAGGGUGGAUGGCAAGGAGCUGCCACCCCAAAGUUGGCGGGAGCCUAAACCAGAGUAUGAGGAUUUCCAGCCAGUGUCCUCUGAUCCUAAGAACCCCUGGCCUGCUUGUGGGCCCCGAAAUGGCCUGGUGGGUCCUCUUCAGAGCUGUGGAAAACCUUCUGGGAAGUCAAGCACGGAGCCAGGAAGACGAGAAGACAUCCCCUCAGAGGACAGCCUGGCUGAGCCAGUGCCCACCUCCCACUUCACAGCCUGUGGCUCCUUGACGCGAACCCUGGACAGUGGCAUUGGGACCUUCCCUCCACCAGACCACGGCAGCAUUGGGACCCCCAGCAAGAAUCUGCCUAAGACCAAGCCACUACGGCUAGAGCCCCCACCUGGAGCACCCCCAGCUCGGCCCCCGCCCCUUACCAAAGUCCCCCGCCGUGCCCACACGCUAGAACGGGAAGUGCCAGGAGUAGAGGAGCUGCUGGUGAGCGGGCGGCACCCCAGCAUGCCCACCUUCCCCGCACUGCUCACCUCGACCCCGGGCCACCGGAGUCAUAAGACCUGCCCUGAUGACCCCUGUGAGGAUGCAGGCCCUCCCCCUCCUGUACAGCUGGCCAAGAACUGGACCUUCCCCAAUGCGAGGGCAGCUGGAAACUCCUGUGACCCCUUCCUCUGCCCACCUCGACAACUGGAGGGACUGCCCAGGACCCCCAUGGCCCUGCCCGUGGACCGGAAGCCAAGCCUGGAACCCAGCCACCCACCCCCGACACCCCCAGGCCCAACAUUUGGGGGUAGUCGCACCCCUAGCACGUCGGACAUGGGUGAGGAUGGCCGGGUGGCCAGUGGAGGUGCCCCAGGAUUGGAGACCUCAGAGUCCCUCAGUGACUCUCUCUAUGACUCACUCUCCUCCUGUGGGAGUCAGGGCUGA